AUGGAACCUCCACCUAACCCGCCCAGUCUCCUCUCCCAAUUCUCCACAACCUCCACCGCUGAUCCCCCCUCCUCCCCCCCGAUCCAGUCCGGUGAACUCCGCCAUAAAGCCAUCCUCCGCAAAAAGGAAGCAGAAGUUCAAUCUCUUCUCCAAGAAGUCCAGCGGUUAUCAACACUCCUCUCCGCUGGGGGAGGGAAGACUGGUCAAUUCACGGUAGAUCCAGCUAUCGAUCGCGCAUUCCGUACCCUCAAAUUCCAGUUGGACGCAAAAGAUGAGGAGAUUAGUAAGCUACGUGAAGAUCUCGAAGUCUUGUCGGCGUCCGACAAUGUCAACGCCGUACCCCUCGAAACAAGCGCCCUCCUCCGCCGCCUCCACACAAAACUCUCCCAAACCCUCUCCGAAAACCGGACACUGGGCUCCAUGCUCUCCGCCUCCCGCUCCGCGCAGCGCGAGCUCGAGUUAUCACUGCGUGUUCGCGAAAACGAGGUUUUGCGUGCACGAGUGUCGGAGUUGGAAGGGUUGGUGGGCGAGAUGGAUCGGGAGCAGGAGGAGAUGGUGGGGGUUGUUGAGGGGUUGAGGGGGACGGUUGGAAGGUAUGAGGAGAAGUAUGGGAGGCUUGAUUGA